GGAGAGCAGAGUAGGGGGACGUGGCGGCGGUCGCAGCGACUGCGGGUGACGCUGCCCCGCAGAUCCCACUCGCUCACCUCCACCGGCCCCAGACGUGGGCCCGGCGAGGCGAUGGCCAAGGUGUCGGUGUUGAACGUAGCGGUGCUGGAGAACCCGAGCCCUUUCCACAGCCCCUUCCGGUUCGAGAUCAGCUUCGAAUGCAAUGAAGCCUUGGCGGACGACCUGGAGUGGAAGAUCAUAUACGUCGGCUCAGCCGAGAGCGAGGAGUUCGAUCAGAUCCUAGACUCGGUGCUGGUGGGCCCCGUACCCGCAGGGAGACACAUGUUCGUCUUUCAGGCCGACGCCCCCAACCCAUCCCUCAUCCCCGAGAGCGACGCCGUGGGUGUCACGGUGGUCCUCAUCACCUGCACCUACCAUGGGCAGGAGUUCAUCCGCGUGGGCUACUACGUCAACAACGAGUACCCGAACCCCGAGCUGCGGGAAAACCCACCCCUGAAGCCGGACUUCUCGCAGCUCCAAAGGAACAUCUUGGCCUCUAACCCCCGGGUGACCCGCUUCCACAUCAACUGGGACAACAUGGACAGUCUGGAGGCCAUGGAGAACCAGGACUCCACCCUGGGGAGCGGCCUGUCCCUCAGCUGCACGCCUGUCAAGGGCCUGGGCCUCUCCGGAUCCAUCGCUGGACUCCUCCCUGAGAACUCCAUGGACUGCAUCUAACUGGGAAUGCCAGGCCGGGACCUCGGCCAGGCCUGCCAGAGGGCUGCGUACAGGCCACCCAGAGGACUCGAGGAGCAUUGACUUUCUCCAGGCUUGUCAGACGUGGCCCCGAGGAGAGACCAGGCCUUGGGGCUCCCCUCUGCCCUGGCCUGGAAGGAUCACCUCACGGGUCUGUAAGAAGCAGGUACUUCCAUUUUUACUAUUGCUUCCUGUGUCCUUUUUCCUCCCCCCACCCCCGUCCACCUGCGGCCACUGUGGGCCCUGGUACCGUUGGCCUGGAGGUCUCUCCACCAACCUCCCCCACCUGCUCCAAGGCUCAUUUUGCACCGAGCAAGGCUCUUGACCCUCUUGGGUCAAAAUGUGUCAUCCUCCCUUCCAAAUACCCAGCAGAUCACCCGCCCCCCAACUGGUGACCCCAGCAAGGAAUCCUUAGAGAGGGACUCGCAUACCAUUUCAGUCCCCCUCCCAGGGGGAGAUUUAAGCCUUUUCAAUCUAGCAGCCCCUGGAAAAAGCUUGUUCCUUACAGUGUGAGCAAUGGAAAGCUGAAGAGGGGGUACCCCUCCUCAGUCACCACCUUCCCGUUACCAACGGGAUCUGGCUUUGCCCAGAGGCUGCCGUGUGGGGCGAGGGCCUGUUGGAGGGGUCUGCUGAGCUCAGCCUGUCCCAGGGUGGGCAUCAGGGCCCCUGAACCUCUGGCUGCCUGGACCUGCCGCAGGGUGCUUCAGGCAAGGGAGGCAGUGGGGCCCUUGAAAAUCUCUCUCUGACCCCCCCCCAGGCCUGGUCCCUGUGCUGCUGCGUGGGUGAUGUUUUGUGGCUGCAGUUUAUAUAUUAAAGGGUUUUUAUAUUAAA